AUGAAGGAGCCGGAGCCUUAUCGGGAUGCAGACAUUUGGUUCUCCGAGACGGAAGAGGAGGAGGAGCGCUGGUGCGACGGCUGCGGCUCCAGCCGGGUGGUGGUCAUGAAGAAGCAUUCGGAUGCGAAGUACAUGAAGUAUUGCAACGACUGCCCCUUCGUUUCCCCCGCGAAGGAGGUCGGUCUUCCAACGGGUCUCCUCAAGCAGAAGGAGAUUGAUGAGAAGCGCGCUCGAAAGCAACGUUUGCGAGCACGGAAAGAGGAGGCGAAGAAGCGGAUGGAGGCACAGCGGGAGGCCAAGGAGCCGGCGGACCGCAGCGAGGAGGUACCUGAGGACUACAAGCAGGAGGAGAAGACCAAGAUCUACACACGCGAAGAGUUCCAUGAAGUGCUCACCAAGGCACUCAAGAAGGGAGAGAUCAAAUGGGAAGACUACUGA